CUCUCAUUUCUGUUUUCUCCUCUUUGUCGUCUAUUUUCCACGUCGAAAAACAUGAGUGAAUUAUCACGUUUCUAAUGUUUGUAUAAUAGUUGCUAACAUGAUGAAAUAUGAAAUUUAUCGUUGAAAUUUAACAAAUUAAUUAAAUUGUCAACAAACCGCAUUUAUCAUUAACGAAUCAACAAAUGAUGAACGUGCAUCUGUGAUUUUCUGAAUAUUGUGUUUUGAAGGUGUUAGAAAAAAUUUCAUUGCAAACACAAAUAUUAUCGAUUAAAAGGGAGAGAAUCAAAAAUGUUUUCGAAACUUUUAAUGGCGAACAAGUCAUGGAGACGACUUCAGAAUAUAACGAAAAUUGAAAAAUUCUACAGUUCACAACCAUCGCCUCGUAUUGAGACGAAAAGAAAGACGACAAAAAUUUUGGACUCAAAAUAUGAAGUUGGCAAUGUGAUUGAGGGUUUCAAAGUAACGGAAACAUCAUCUGUUGAUGAAAUGUUUUUACACGCAAUAAAACUCGAACAUUUAAGAAGUGGUUCACAAUAUUUGCAUUUACAACGUGACGACAGUAAUAAUGUAUUUUCCACUGGUUUUCGUACGACACCAUUAAAUUCCACUGGACUGCCGCAUAUUCUCGAGCACACCGUUUUAUGUGGCAGUGAAAAGUAUCCCUGUCGUGAUCCAUUCUUCAAAAUGCUACGUCGCUCAUUGGCGACAUUUAUUAAUGCAAUGACUGCGCCCGAUUAUACAUUUUAUCCAUUCUCCACUCAAAAUCCCAAGGACUACAAAAAUCUCAUGUCUGUCUAUCUUGAUUCGGUUUUUCGACCAAAUCUCCGUUAUUUGGACUUUUUACAAGAAGGUUACAGACUCGAGCACAAGGAUGUGAACGACAAAACAUCGCCAAUAAUUUUCAAAGGCAUUGUUUUCAAUGAAAUGAAGGGUGUAUUUGUUGAGAAUCAAAAUAGUUUUAUAGUGAAAUUUAUAAAUUUAAUUCUACCGAGUCAUACGUAUGGUGUUAUCGCCGGUGGUGAUCCACUUGAAAUAGUGAAACUCUCACACAAGGAUCUUGUUGAUUUUCAUUCGUAUCACUAUCAUCCAUCGAAUGCACGUUUCUAUUCGUACGGUAAUUUUCCAUUGGAGGAUCAUUUGAAAUUUUUAAACAACGAAUAUUUAUCAUCAGUGAGGGCAAUUGAUUCAAAUGUAACGUCCGUACCAUCGGAGAAACGUUGGUUAGAGCCAAGAAAGGAGCAUAUGUUUGGAAGACACGAUCCAAUGAUUUCCGAUUCCGAAAGACAGAAUUCAAUGGCAAUUGGCUUAUUGUGCAGUGAUAUUAACGAUUUACAGCUGACAUUCGAUUUACACGUUCUCUCGCAAUUAUUACUCAAGGGACCGAAUUCGGCAUUUUAUAAAAGUCUCGUCGAUUCUAAUAUUGGAACUGGUUUCAGUCCCGCUACUGGUUUCGAUUCACAAUUAAAGGACACGCUUUUCAUUGUUGGCUUGCAGGGAAUGAGAGUGGAGGACUUUCCAAGAAUGGAAAAAGCCUACGAGGAAACAAUACAAAAAGUAAUGAAAGAGGGUUUCGAGAAAGAUCACGUGGCCGCUGUUUUACACAGUAUUGAAUUGCACGUUAAACAUCAGUCGUCGAAUUUCGGUAUGAAUCUAUUGUUCAAUAUAAUGCCACUUUGGAAUCAUGAUGGCGAUAUUAUUCAAUCGUUGCGUAUAAACGAUGCUCUCGAGAGAUUUAAACUUAAUUUCGCCGAGAAUCCUCGUUACCUGCAAGAAUUGGUGGAGAAAUAUUUUUUCAAAAAUACACAUCGUUUAACAUUAACAAUGUCGCCAAAUGAAAAACAUGGCGAGGAAUUGGCAAAUGCCGAGAAUCAAUUGCUCGCGGAACAACUUGAGAAAUUAACAGAGAACGAGAAAAAUGAUGUCUUCGAGAAGGGACAAGAAUUACUCAAAUAUCAGGGAAAAACGGAGAAUGUUGAAGUACUGCCGAGUUUGAUGAUCGAGGAUCUUAAGAAGGAUGUAGAGAGAUACAACAUUCAGGAUCUAAAAAUGAAUGGAGUUCCAGUUCAAGUAUCACUACAGCCAACAAAUGAAGUCUGUUACUAUCGCGCUAUUUUAAAUACUAAAAAUCUAUCGCCCGAAUUGAAGGAUGUCCUGCCAAUUUUCAAUCAAGUUGUGGCAAAAAUGGGCACCGAGAACUACGACUACAGAACUUUUGAUCAAAUGAUUCAGCUAAAGACUUCGGGUCUUGGUUUCGCGAAUCAUGUCGCCGAGCAACCGACAAGCGUGACAUCCUACGAGGAAGGUGUGCUAAUUGAAUCAUAUUGCCUGCAACAGAAUUCAAAGGCAAUGUGGCAAUUUUGGGAGGAAUUAUUCAAUCGAGUGAAACUCACUGAUCAAAAGCGAUUUGAGACUUUAGUGAAAAUGAGCGCCACCGAUUUGACCAAUGGAAUCGCUAGCGCUGGACAUCAGUACGCUCUGAGUAGCGCUGCGAGUUUGGUGAGUCCAGUGAUUAAAAUGAAGGAGAAUCUCUCAGGCCUGGAAUUCAUCACUCGAAUGAAAAAAAUCGCCCAACUCGACGACAUGUCAUCAAUUUUGGAACAAGUUCAAAAAAUCGGAAAUCAAAUUCUAAAUAAAUCUUGCCUUCGAUCGGCACUUAAUAUUUCACCAGAAAAUAAGGAGGAGAUUAUUGAAAAUCUCGAUAAUUUCUAUAAAACUCUCGAUGGUACACCGACACUUUCACAAAUCACCAACUCCCCAAUCUCUUCAAUUGAAGAAACAGGAAUUCAUCAUUUAGUACCAUUUUCCGUGAAUUUCGCCUCAAAGGCAAUUCUCACCGUUCCCUAUACAAAUCAAGAUUCACCGAUUCUCAGUGUUCUGGCGAAAUUGCUAACAAAUAAUUAUCUACAUUCAGAGGUGAGGGAAAAAGGUGGCGCUUACGGUGGUGGUGCAAGAUUAUCAUCAGACGGUAUUUUUGCAUUCUACUCAUAUCGCGAUCCAAAUUCAAUAAAAACCCACGAUAUAUUCGAUGGUGCUUAUGAUUUUUUGAGAAAUUACAAAAUCACCGAGAGAGAUUUAUUGGAGGCAAAACUUGGAUUAUUUCAAGAUAUCGAUUCACCGAUACCGCCAAGUAAUCGUGGCUUAAUUAAAUUUCUCUAUGGAAUCACGUACAAUGAUAUACAAAUGAGACGCGAGAGAAUAAAGAGUGUGACGAGGGACGAUAUUAUGAGAGUGGGGGAAAAAUAUUUGAAACCAAAGGCAAAUAAUGUGAAAGUUGGAAGAGCAUUGAUUGGACCGAAGAAUGAUGAUUUGGGAAAGAGGAACGAUGUGAAGUGGAUUAUUUCCAAUGAAAAUGAAAAUUAAGUACUAAGUGAAUUGUAUAUUGUAAAGUUUUUUUUUUUUUAUUAAUAAAGAGAAUUUUUUUUUAA